AGCUAUUGCCAACUUAAUUAAAAUGUCAAACUUCUAACACGAAACUUUUUAACCUGUUGCAUCCCCGCAGAUAAUUUUCUAAAAAUCUUCUUUUAUCACUGAUAAGCAUAUCAGAACGAAUCUAACUGAUUCAGAGGUAUGGAUAAACUGCGCCGAGUGCUUGGAGGUAACGACUCCCCAGACGAAGAAAGCGGAAUAAUGUCCCAGCUAAAUGAAACAACAACUCUGAGUUGGUCCACAAGACUGAAAGCAUUUCUAUUCUGUUUUAUCUUGGGAAUUCUUUUGUCCUUCCUUGGAUCUUUUGCCCUAUUUUUAAACGGUGGCUUGUCAGUUUUUGCCGUUUUUUACACAUUGGGAAAUAUUUUAUCUAUGGCAAGUACGUGUUUUCUGAUGGGACCGUUCAAUCAAAUCAAAAAAAUGUUUGCCUCAACUAGGGCUAUUGCCACUGUUCUUGUAAUUGCGUCUUUCAUUUUAACACUAGUAUCUGCUCUUGUGUUGCACAAUGCGCUCCUGGCCCUCAUUUUUAUAAUAAUACAAUCGUUGGCGAUGACUUGGUAUUCUUUGUCGUACAUACCUUAUGCAAGGGAUGCAGUAAAAAAGACUUUCAUAGCGUGUAUCGGUUGAUUAGGCAAUUUGAACCAUAAAUGUAUAAAUUUGGAAAGUA